CUCUCAUCCCUAGCUCCCGUCCACCCCCUCCCUCCACAACUCCACCCACCCUCUCACCACUCGCUCCUUUCCGUCCCUUAUAUCCAUAACUCCCAUCCCCACGCUCCCUUCUAUCCAUCCCAUCCCCUCUCCCAUCCCCUCUCCCAUCCCCUCGCUCCCCGCCUCUCCUCCACUGACACCGGACUCAUGGAGAAGAGCGGCGGGGAGUGCGACCAUCUCUCGGCGGACGAGCGGUCAGACUCUGGAGGAGGUGGAGGAGGAGGAGGUGGAGGAGGAGGAGGAAACAGCCCCGGGUCCUGGCAGAGUUGCUCCUCGAGCGGGGUAGCAGCCCUCGGCUUGGGGAGCCCAAGUUCGACUCCCCUGUGCGUUUUAUACGGCACCGCAGGACAGAGAUACAAUGCGACCAUGCUCCAGGCGGGGUACGAGAGAGAGAGCAUGGCGGACUACCUCAUCAGCGGUGGGGCCGGGUACGUCCCAGAGGAUGGACUCACGGCCACGCAGCUCUUCGCUGGCACUGACGGACUCACCUACAAUGACUUUCUCAUCCUGCCCGGAUUCAUCGACUUCACCGUGGAGGAGGUGGACCUGACGUCGGCGCUCACCAAGAAGAUCACGCUGAAGACGCCGCUCGUCUCCUCGCCCAUGGACACCGUCACCGAGUCCGACAUGGCCAUCGCCAUGGCGCUGAUGGGCGGCAUCGGCUUUAUCCAUCACAACUGCACCCCCGAGUCCCAGGCUCACGAAGUGCACCAGGUCAAGAAGUACGAGCAGGGCUUUAUCACGGACCCCGUGGUGCUGAGCCCGGCACACACGGUGGGCGACGUGCUGGAGGCCAAGGCGCGCCACGGCUUCUCAGGGAUCCCCAUCACCGAGACGGGGCGCAUGGGCGGCCGCCUCGCCGGCGUCAUCACCUCGCGCGACAUCGACUUCCUCACCGAGAAAGACCACGGCAUCCCGCUCCACCAGGUGAUGACGCGGAAGGAGGACCUUGUGGUGGCCCCAUUUGGCGUGACCCUGAAGGAGGCCAAUGACAUCCUUCAGAGGAGCAAGAAAGGGAAGCUGCCGAUCGUGAACGAGGCCGGCGAGCUGGUGGCCAUCAUGGCACGCACCGACCUCAAGAAGAACCGCGACUUCCCGCUCGCCUCCAAGGACGCGCACAAGCAGCUGCUGUGCGGCGCCGCCGUCGGCACUCGCCCGGACGACCAGCACCGCCUGGAGCUGCUCGUCAAGGCCGGGGUGGACGUCGUCAUCCUGGACUCCUCCCAAGGGAACUCGGUGUUCCAGAUCAACAUGAUCCGCUACAUCAAGCAGACGUACCCCGAGCUGCAGGUCAUCGGCGGCAACGUGGUGACGGCGGCGCAGGCCAAGAACCUGAUCGACGCGGGGGUGGACGCGCUCCGAGUCGGCAUGGGUGCCGGCUCCAUCUGCAUCACGCAGGAAGUGAUGGCAGUUGGCCGCCCCCAGGGCACCGCCGUGUACCGCGUGGCUGAGUACGCGCGCCGCUUCGGUGUGCCCGUCAUGGCUGAUGGCGGCAUCCAGACGGUGGGGCACAUCACCAAGGCGCUGGCGCUCGGGGCCUCCACCGUGAUGAUGGGCUCCCUGCUGGCCGCCACCACGGAGGCGCCGGGCGAGUACUUCUUCUCGGACGGCGUGCGGCUCAAAAAGUACCGUGGCAUGGGCUCGCUGGACGCCAUGGAGAAGAACCAGGGCAGCCAGAGCCGCUACUUCAGCGAGAACGACAAGAUGAAGGUGGCGCAGGGCGUGUCGGGCUCCGUGCAGGACAAGGGCUCGGUGCAGCGUUUCGUGCCGUACCUCAUCGCCGGCAUGCAGCACGGCUGCCAGGACAUCGGCGCCAAGUCGCUCUCCAUCCUCCGGUCCAUGAUGUACACGGGGGAGCUCAAGUUCGAGAAGCGGACCAUGUCUGCGCAGGUGGAGGGCGGCGUGCACGGCCUGCACUCAUACACGUUCGUACCAUUCACGAAGAACGCUCCUACUGAGGGCAGCGGAUGCCCCAGCCGGAGCCGCCAACCCAGCAUCACGCCGUGUGCCACCACGCUGCGCUCCUCCGCCUGCUGCAACGGCUGGAACUGAGCCCCGCACCCCCCCCCCCCGCGCCGCCGCCACUGCCGCCCGUCGCGACCGUCGCCCUCAUCGUCGCUCCCACCCGGGCAGGGACCAUCUGGACGACGGGAUCCGCCGUGAGGGAGAUGGAGCGGGCGAAGCGAGGGAGGAGACGGGGGUGGGGUGGGGGGGGGCAGUAGCAGACGGUGAUCCGCCAGCCGGAGAAUGUUUACGCGGUGUAAUCGUGCACUGUAAGACGGUAGAGAUUAUUUUUUAUGUUUGUCAGACGUGAGAAAAAAACGACCAAAGGUGAAAGAGAGAGACGAUUGUUGUUUUUUACGUGUUUUACUUUGUCCACGCCGGGCCUGGCUAGUCCCCCGGCCCGGUAACCGCGUGCGGAAUAUCGCCCCGUUCGUUUUUGAGUCUCGCAUCAGCAGAACCCACGGCGAUAACGGUGACGCGGCAGAGGUCGCGGUUUUUAUUGGCCGAGCGCAGCGUCGCCACGGCCGCAUGGUCCGAGGGCCAAACCCAGGGCUCUCUGCCACCCCAUCCCCUCCCUACCUACCCCUCAUGUGGGGGGGGGGGGGACCACCACCCACCCGACCUGGGAGUUCACUCGGGGUGUUUGUUUUGUGAAGCCAUUCCAAUGUUUUGACGAAUGUCACGCGCAGUUUACAUUCAGGCCAACGAGUUCGCCGAUGGUCCAUAGUUUGUAAACUUUUUGUAAAAAUUUAACUGGGAAAUGUGAAGAAAUUGGCCAUGAAGGAAAUGACCAGAAACUCGAGUCCCGACUUUCUUUAUCCACGAUGAAGGCAGCGGUGACGUUUCAUUCGAGGAUCGGCGCCUCCGGUCGUGCUGCCGACUGCCGACUCCCGCCAUAGGAAUGUGGACUUUCCGCCAUCGAUUCAGGGCCGAAAAACACGACCAUCUGACCCCCAUGGGGAGACGCGUGCAGGAGCGGGAGGGGAUUUAGACACAGCCCUUUUUAAGUUGUCCUCAUGUCGGUAUUGGAAUUAUAUGAGCAUCUUAUCGUUAUACUGAACAUGUAAUCGCCUAUGUAAUAACAAUAUCCUUUAGAAUCUUACAGAAUACUAGAAAUAUUAACGAUAUCCUAGAAUAAUGCAAAAAUAUUAGAAAUGCUAUGUUGAAUCGUGUAAAAUGAAUAUCCUAUAACAGCAUUUGGUCCUAUGGAGAGACUGGCUCCUGUAAUAGUAAUGUGGAAUUUUUACCAUUCGUAGCUGCCAACAGAAACCAACGCUGCCCCACCUCUCGCUGAGCAGGGAGACACUUGAACGGAUUUACAGCCUUGCUAAUGUAUGGGGUUGUGCAAGAAUUAAAUCAAUUUAAUGACAAAGAUAAUAUUUUCAUGCAGAAAAGGUUAUGUAGAAUCGCAGUUCAUGGUGGUGAUGAUGAUGAAGGUGGGAGUGAUGAUAAUGAUCGCGACGAUUGCUAUUGAUCAUCGUGGCGGUUAUAAUGAAGGUGGUCUUGACAAUGAUAGAAACGAUUACAAUUGAUCAGUGGUGAUGAUGAUAAUGGUAGCGAUGAUUGCUAUUCAUCAUAAUGGUGGUAAUGAUGAAGGUGGUCUUUGAAAAUGAUCGUGAUGAUCGCUAUCGAUCGUAAUAGUGGUGAUGAAGGUGGUCUUGACAAUGAUAGCGACGAUUGCUAUUGAAGCAUGCUGGCAGCGGAGCACGGAAUGGAUAAUAAUGAUGAUGCUAGCAGCAAUCAUCAUUUGUGACAUUGACGACUACGCCGAUGACGACGACGAUGAUGUAAUUGUCAGGCGCCUCCCUCCCUACACUCCUGCACGUAGCACAAACUCUUCUCUCGGGUGCUGUUCGAAGGAUUUUGCACAGUGCAGUCCGCAAGUCCGUGUGGAACAAUAACUCAACGCCUUCGUUUUACUGUACGCGGUCCCUAUUGGUGGCGUGCGUGGCAGCGGGCCCAAGUGACCCUGUUGGAUAACGCCCGCGUAUGGAAAAGCACAACCAUAUUCCCAGCUCUGACGUAUUCCGAUUGCUUGUUGUGAUUAUUCGUACCGUCUGUGACCGUGUUUGUUUUAUAGGAGUCCAGAGCCCACUUGGCUCUCACUCGUGUGUUUUUUUUAGAACCACGAAGCCACGGAACCCACUCGUGUUGUAAGUGCUCGUGAACCACCACCUGCCCAAACGUCGCACCCCCAAAGUGUUAAGUGUCACUUAACUCACCAACCAACCGUUUUUACGUUUUGUUUGUCCUCCGGGAGAGACUUUCCGCCGUCCGGCCGUAGGGAUGUGGAAUUUCUACCGCUGGCUCGGCGUGGCCGGCCGUCGGGGAACGGAGCAGCGAGGCUGUACGGAUUUCAUUUUCAUUUCGACAUUCCUGCAGCGGAGUAUCGUCUGCCCUGUUACUACCCACACACCGUUGGAUUUCGUGCAAUGUGCUACCACUGUUGGUGUUAUUAUUGUUGUCUUUGUUAUUAAUUCCAAUCGUUAAAGCUGCGUGAAACGAUAACCAGUUGUCGGUUCGGUUAUAUUCGAUUACUCUAAUAGUUUUACCGCAGAACGACGCCACGUGAAGCUUGUUUGUAUACCCACCAUUUUUUUGCGUAAAAUAAUUUUCGUGACGCGGUUUUGCGUAGCGCUGGGAUGUGGAAGCCCGCCUUGACAACACUGCAGUUAAUGACUUGGCCCAAAUGGCGAAUCACUUGGCACACGACGACAGUAAAUCGACGAACCGUGGUUUACAUACGCUCACGAUACGUGCGUCAAAUUGUGCGAGUUGAGGUAAAACAUUCACAAUUUAUACACUGACAUUUUACAAACCCCCAGAUGGUUACGGUUAGACGAUACCGACUCGGGUUCUUGAAUUGACAUGAAGUAAAAUCGUGACAAUUCGUCGAAUCGCUGAGAGGUAGUGAAUCGUAACAUGCCUAUAAAGUAUUAAAUAAAGUUUCACAAGACCGGUUAUCUCUGGUCAGACCCCCUUGACUUGCAGUCAAAAGUUGAUGAGGUCUAUGCCCAGUCAGAGAACAAACAGCCCCAUCCUCACUCUGGGAUCAAUAAAAUGACGACCACGGUGUGGGGAUCCAAUAGUGAUUGCCCUAUUUGAGAGAUUUGGCCCCUGCCAUAGGAAUGUGGAAUUUCCCACCACCAUUUUGAGCAGAGAGUCGCUUCCGACUUGAAUAUAAGUGUAGCCGUUUACCAAUUAAACAAACGUUCUUCGAACGCAAAUUAUUGGAAUAAUCAUGGCAGCCCACGUAAUAAUAAUUAUUAUUUCUAUCCUAUCCCAGGCUCGAGGUCCGGGUCUUUGUGUUGCCGAGUUGUUGUGAGCGAGCCGCGUGGUGCCAUGCGCGUGGUUCCGUGCGCGUUGGAGCCGUACGCGUGGUUGCCGUGCGCGUUGGUUCCGUGCGCGUUGGUUCCGUGCACGUGGUUCCGUGCGCGUGGUUCCGUGCGCGCGGUGCUCGCGCUGGGACUCUCGGACCGGGCCCUGUUUACAGAGAAUGACAAAUAAAAGUCACUGCACAAUAAUAACAAA